UGGCUGGGGGUGGGGGAGAGGACGACGCUCUUGGCGCCCUCGCCGCUCCUUGUCGUGGCUGUGUCGGGGGGAACAUGGCGGCGGCGGCGGCGAUGAGGCAGGAGCUGGUGGUGCUGAUGAACUCCAGCGGCUCGCACAAGGACCUGGCCGGAAAGUACCGUCAGAUCCUGGAAAAGGCUUUGCAGCUCACAGGAGCUGAACAGUUGGAGGCUUUGAAGGCCUUUGUUGAGGCUAUGGUUAAUGAAAAUGUCAGUCUCGUGAUUUCCCGGCAAUUGCUGACUGACUUUUGCUCCCAUCUACCAAAUCUUCCUGAUGGUACAGCCAAAGAAAUUUAUCACUUCACUUUGGAAAAGAUCCAGCCUAGAGUUAUUUCUUUUGAAGAACAGGUGGCUUCUAUAAGACAGCAUCUAGCCACCAUCUAUGAAAAGGAAGAAGACUGGAGAAAUGCCGCUCAAGUUUUGGUGGGAAUUCCAUUGGAAACCGGACAGAAGCAGUAUAAUGUGGACUAUAAAUUGGACACCUAUCUGAAAAUUGCUCGUUUGUAUUUGGAAGAUGAUGAUCCUGUUCAAGCAGAAGCUUACAUUAACCGGGCAUCUCUGCUUCAGAAUGAAUCAACCAAUGAGCAGCUGCAGAUACAUUAUAAGGUGUGCUAUGCUCGUGUCCUGGAUUACAGAAGGAAAUUUAUAGAAGCUGCCCAGCGAUAUAAUGAGCUUUCGUAUAAGUCUAUAGUUCAUGAAACCGAGCGCCUUGAGGCUUUAAAGCAUGCGCUACACUGCACCAUUCUUGCAUCAGCAGGACAGCAGCGUUCCCGUAUGCUGGCAACCCUGUUUAAGGAUGAACGAUGCCAGCAACUUGCAGCUUAUGGCAUUCUAGAGAAAAUGUAUCUGGAUAGAAUUAUUCGAGGGAACCAGCUACAGGAGUUUGCUGCCAUGCUGAUGCCUCACCAGAAAGCAACGACUGCUGAUGGUAAAGUCUACACAGUCUGUUUUUGUCCUGAAGGUUCCAGUAUACUGGACAGGGCUGUCAUUGAGCACAACCUGCUUUCUGCCAGUAAACUGUACAAUAAUAUUACAUUUGAAGAGCUUGGAGCUUUGCUAGAAAUACCACCAGCCAAGGCAGAGAAAAUUGCAUCGCAGAUGAUCACUGAAGGGCGAAUGAAUGGAUUUAUUGAUCAAAUUGAUGGAAUUGUUCACUUUGAAACUCGUGAAGCUUUGCCCACAUGGGACAAACAGAUCCAGUCCCUUUGUUUCCAAGUAAACAAUCUCCUGGAGAAGAUCAGCCAGGCUGCCCCUGAGUGGACGGCACAGGCAAUGGAAGCUCAGAUGUCACAGUAGCAUCCUGAACCAUAUGUAUGGAAUUGCAGCCACCAUCAUAAUUCAGUUGCAACCCUCCCCUCCAUAUUUAAAAGAUCGAAUCUCAUAUUUCCAGAACUUAUUUUGCAAUUGAGGUUAUUUGAAGUCUGUCUUUUUUUUUUGCAGAAUAGGAAGUUAAUUUUCAUUGUUUCUGCAUUGCACGUUGCAAUAUUUUCUUCGAUAAUCCUGGAUCCAUUCAUAGGGGUUAUCUAUGAAUACAGCAAUUCAGAUUUGUUCAGUGAAUUUGGUUGCUCUUUAUUGAAUUCAGUUCGCUAUAAAGUCUGGUUUAAUUGAGAAACUGCAGAACUUCAUUGUGACCCUUUAUCGAAGGAAGCCAAUCCAGAUUGUUUGGGAAUUGUUUGCCGAAGUCAGAAGACAACUACAGAUUGGAUCUGCACUAUCACAAACGUUGUUAUUCAAGAAAAUAAACUCUUCCCAAAGUAUGGACUGUA